AGCGGCAGGUCACCUACAGCUACACAAAUCUCAACAGCAGAGGUCCAGCGCCUUGGAUGCGACUUUAAAGCGCGUCGAGAACAAUAAGCACCGACUUACAGCUGUUAGUUUUGAAUGUGGUAGACUGUCUUGCCGUUUAUCUACCUGCACUUCUCCUUUCUAGUGAAAGAACUGGGAAAACAAAACAAAAGGUGUGACUUGAAAAGUGCCCAGCGGGCACGCGUCAGAAGUCCGGAUAGAUUUGGCACAAGUAAAGAUGCCCAAAUAGGUUUCGUCGCAAUGGGAUUUGAGUUGAAGAACACGUAAUCACUUACAAGUCACCCCGAUUCAACCCGUUGUUAAGGUAACUGGAACUUGAAAAGGCGUAUUUUCUUUCUCUUUUCGUCUUCUUCUUCUUCUUCUUGACCGCUGGGAUGUUGUGAGUGACGCGUCGCCUGGGACAGAAGGAGCGGGGACGCAGAAGGAAGAGGGGGCACCAGAACUGGCUGAGCAGCGGAGGGAUUAUGGCUCUCGCAACGUUUUCCCUCAGCCUCAUCACGCUGGCGCUUACAAACUUGCACCUUUCGAGAGCCAGCAAUCGGCAUGCGGUGUACUGGAACAGUUCAAACCUGCUCCUCCGAAGGGAGGGAUACACGGUGCAAGUCAGUGUCAACGACUACCUGGACAUCUACUGCCCGCACUACAACACCAGUCAGCGUGGGACGCUAGAGCGUGUCGUAGCAGAGCAGUACAUCCUCUACAUGGUCGACUACCACGGCUAUCGCACCUGCAACACCCAGAAGGGCUCCAAGCGUUGGGAGUGCAACCGGCCCCAUGCGCCCCAUGCGCCCAUCAAAUUCUCAGAGAAGUUCCAGCGUUACAGCGCCUUCUCCCUGGGCUACGAGUUCAACGUGGGCAAGGAGUACUACUACAUCUCCACGCCCACGCACCACCACCACGGUCACAGCUGCCUGAGACUGAGAGUAUUCGUCUGCUGCUCCACUGUCUCCCAGGCAGACGAGGACUCCAUUCAGACUCCCGAUUACACAGUCAGGCCAAACAUCAAAAUACACAACAUUGAUGAAUUUAACCCUGAAGUCCCGAAGCUGGAGAAGAGCGUCAGUGGCAGCAGCCCCUCACGUGACCGCCUUCUUCUCACCGUGGCAAUGCUGCUCGUGUCUGCCGUCCUUUUGUCCUAGCAACAGUCGCCGAGUGGCACUUCAUGCAUAGCUGGACCCGCCUUUUGCAAAGGGCUUUGUAUCCACCAAGUUUGUGAUUACGUGAAAUCUGACAGAAACACACAGAGUCAAGGUGCAACUGAAGCGCAAUCAAAAGGACACAGACAAAAAAAACACGACAAAAAACAACAAAAAAAACAAA